CAUGUUCUUAUAUUUUUGGAUUUUAAAACAGCAAAUUUCCGCCAGCAGGUUCUUAAACCACUAGGUUCUCUAAUACACGCGGGUUUUACUGCACGUUCAGUCAGUUUUUGGUGUCUUUGUUCGUCUAUUACCAGUUGACUUGCCAAGGGUGAAUAAUCUUAUUCUAGCAGGGAGGACACUCUUUGGCAAAACUAUAUAUGUUUGUUUGUUUUUGUUUGUUGUUUUUUUUUUUUAAUUUUAAAGUCCAUCUCAAAAUUAAGGAAUACUCAUAAAGAACCAUAUAUUAAACUGUUAUUUUCCAUAAGUUUAAUUUAGUGCAAAUGUUCAUGCAACUAACAAACAAUAAAACAAGUCUCGAUCCACGAAUAUUUUGCCUCCACUACCCAUCCGGAUACACAUCGUGAUUAAAUUGGGCGCGUUGGACAGCCGAGCCGCCGUGCCAUUUAUCCGAUUUUAGCAGACGUUACACAGAUACGAAAACUAAGUGCACCAAGCCGGACUCGAAAACCCGAAACACUAGCAGCUGGAAAAAGUAAGGGAAUGUGUGCCCCCGACCAAGACAGUGGUGCCACCCUUGGGGUUUUAGGACCUUUUAGGGUAUCCUAAUUUAACGUAGUGUAAGUAAGUGACAGCGAUGUAAUAACAUGACAGCACUACAGAAAUAUAAACAGUCGGAAACAAACAUUCGUGCAUACCAAGAAAAAGAAAAACGACAUUUACAGUUGUACACGCUGAAGGCUGCUGACCGUAGAAUGUACCACUCUGCUAACGGCAACUAAUUUCAAACUCUAAUCCCGCUGAACACUGCGCAACUCGAACAGGCCCCCAACCCCUCUGCUCCGUGCCCGCAAUAGUAAUUCAUGCUAAUUUGGGAUUAUGACAAAUUUCUUGUACCCAGAGCUUCUCGUUUUACUAAAUAAGCCACGCCCAUUUUGAUUCUAAUGAUGCUAUUCUAAUGCGCAUGUGUGGCCAUAAUCGCUUGAUGUUGUAUGUCAAAGCUUUCAAAUACUUAAGUGCGAUCCUGUUUUCUGAGCUGAGUGGAAUGGGCAUUUUCUGGAAACACACUUAAAUUUCAAGGACCGCCGUAGCAAGACUAGCAAAAUAGAAGUAGCGGAACCUGUCACUGUAGACAAUAUCAUUAUAAUUAGCUGUGACCAGGUGCUGGAACUGAUAAUGAACCAAGAAAAAAAAAAACGCAAAGCUGAAAACUAUAUUAGGACACAGCCCUUAUUCUUCGGGGUCAGACAAACAAGAUGAUUCUUUGCAUGAUCUUAAAGACUGAAGAAAGCUCGUGGCUUUCGAAUUAGUGGAAUUCAUCAUUUGUUUCCAUACAGUUUUCUUACAUGCAUGUAGCAUUCUAAAUAACCUGAAACAGCGGUCAAGUUUUUUGGCGUUGCAGCAAAGGGCUUUAGUAGCAUGGCAUAUGAGGGACUUCUUUGUUAGUGACCUUUUCAGUAAAGCGCGUCAGAGACUUUUUGAAACUCGUUCUCAAAACAAGCCGCAGUUCAAAUAAAGUGUGCGAUAUAUUCAUUCCUCCUCCUGCGAACUUUCAGGUGAGUCAGCAAAAACUUCGUCACGACAUUUUGAACUACGUCUUUAGGAGCUACACUGGAAGAAAACACUUCCAGAAAAGCCUCACAUUUUGGCCAAAUUUCCGGGUCUACAAUUGCGUGACAAAUUGUCACGCAACAGUUACAAUUGCCCCCAUAUUUGUACAAUAUAACAUCCAAGCCAAAAGAAAGGAGUCCACAAAUAUAUCUUAGCUAGGCCGACAUUUACAGCAACCAGCUAUCUGCAGCUGUAUGUAUUUUUCACUCCGGUUAUGAAUUAAUUUCCUGCUGUUUCUGUUUGUUCAGUGAUCCUUUGUUAGCGCUGUCUGGUUUAUUGACAGGUUUAUUUAAUGAAGCGUGACGGACGUGUGAAACGGCCGGCGAACCGAAGCGAGUUUGUUCGCCCAUUUGAAUUUUUCAAACUUUGUGAUGCAAACUUGAGCCUAAAUUCUCUCCACUCCACUGCACAGGAAACGUAUCUUUCACCCCGGCAUUUUUUUGAUGACCUUCGCGGGUUGAUUUCGAAUGUAGAUUCUGCCGCAACCGCCCGAUGAUGUUUUCUGCACGCAUUUUGAACUUUUCAUCGGCGAUGUUUGAAAAAACAACCGUUGCUCGUCGCGCCUUUUGAGUGAAGAAAUGCGAUGGCUUUACGUCGAAAGUUAUCUGGAUCACCAGUUGAGGUGUAUAAAGCAUGGGUCAAUUGCUGUUUAGCUCAAAUUGGCGAUAAAAGAACAGUUAGUGAUCUGGCUGAGGAUUUAAAGGAUGGCAUUGUACUGUGUCAAUUGAUCAAGUCAACCACAGGACAUGAUAUAACUCAACACCAACAGAUCCAAGAUGUGCCACAGGUGACCCAGACAGUACAAUAUGUCAUUGAUUACAUGAAGGGAAAAGGAAUUGAUGUCUGCUGUCAUGUGGAAGACAUUACCAGUGGGAAACUCAAAUCCAUCUUGGAUAUCUUGUGGCUGAUCAUCUUGCAUUUUGAAAUUCACAGUUCAAACCGCGCUGCUUAUCAGAGGACUGUGAAUCUAGGCAAGAGAUUUCUUCUUGAAUGGUGCUGUACUGAGAUACCAAACACAGCAAUUGACCCAAGGGGACCAUUCCUGGAUUUUCUGCAGGAUGGUGUGUUGCUGACCAAGCUCAUUACUAAAUACUGUCCAGCUGACGGAAUCAACCCAACUGAUUUACAGGAGGUAGACAAAGGCUCAUUUCUCGAGGUUUUGAAGGUUGCCGAAGAACGUCUUGGAAUUCCAAGCAAAAUUCUAAGUUCGUCGGGAAUUCUGGACGGCAACACAUUUGACGAAUAUGCAGUGAUCAUUUACAUGGCCGUAUUGAGAAAAAUGAUCUGUAAAGUGAAAGGUGAAGAACCUAUCAAAGGAGGUGUAAAAACAGAGCCUUCUCCGUCCAAACCGAGAACCCACUCAGACAGUUUACAAAAUUACUCUCCAAGCAAAUAUCCACACAACAAGACUUCGCUGGCUGACGCAUCGUUAUCACCUACGUCAUUGAGGAAUCUUGUUGAUCAACACACAAAGUCUCACGCGGCAAUCCAAGCUUUACAAGAACGCAUUCAAUCCGUAAGGCAACUGGCGUCAACUCCAAAGCUACAGAAGAAACUUCCGGAAGGCCUGUUAUUAAAGAACAUGGCGCCCACCCUCGCAGAGGGAAUCUCCUCGCCCACCACGUCGGACGCUGUUUCCAGCAAAACAAAGGAAAGCUUUCCCAUUGAGGUUAUUCCGACGGAUCACAAUGACAAUUUCCUGGCGGUGAAUGGCGACGAGCUUUUUCUCCAACCCCCCGAGUCUGGUGGCUCUGAAGAACUUUACACAAGUGUCGACAAACAAUUUUUGGAGCUUAUGUUAGAUGCUGUACAAAAAGGAUUCAUGCCUCCUGAACUAACAACGGCAAAAACGUGGCUUAACACAGAUGGGACAGACGUAGAUUUGAAUGAUUCAGUACGAGCUGUAAAUGUUGGUGUACCUUCGUCUGUUGCGGUUACAGAAGAAACAAAAGAUACAGAAGAGUCGUUGAAAAAUGACGAAAGUACUGAAUUGAGAAAAAUGAAUGAUGAUGCCGAUAUGGAAGAUCAAGAGAUAACAUCGCUGGCAGCCAUUGCCGAGCCUAUGCACGUUACAGAGGAAUUAACUUUGGGAAACGGUCCGCCAAAUCAUGUUCCUGAGGAAACCUCGGUGGCAAGUGCGAAGCCAACGUUGGAAAGCGAUGGAACGGUGCAUAUUGCAGAAGAACCAGCUGUGAGGAACAGCGAAGCGAUGCAGGUUGCAGAGGAUUCAUCGGCAAAGGUUACACCGAUGCAUGUUGCAAGUGGACCAUUGUUGACAAACGUUGGACCAACAUCGCCAAGCGAUGAAGCAAUGCUUGUUAAAGAUGGCAACGAGCCUGUUUCUGAUGCGAUAGAGUCGGCAGCCUCAACGCCCAACAAGAAAGUUCAAUUUCUUGGCCUUGAUACUGUUUUUGGUGACAAGUCAAGCGCUUCAGACCAUCCUUUGGAUAUUUCAAUCUCACCCGUCCAUGCUUCACACAAAGAGCCCGGAACUGUGUUAAAUGAAACGGGACAACAGAGUACUGAAUCUUCGCCGAAAACAACAGUGACUUGGGCGACACUAGAUUCGCCAUCUAGGAUGGCGAGAUUAUCUGGAAAUGAGCAUUCUUUUGCGAAGGGUCUCUCUAGUCCGGGAGACGGACUUUACAGGUUUGAAACUGCACUUUAUGGAAAGGAAGGCGACGAGAAAUCAGAAGGGGAUUCGGACGAUCCUUUUAUGAUGUACUUGAACUCAAUUGAACAAACAGCUUUGAAGUUCAAACUGCAGGUGGAGCAGGCUAAAGUAGAUACCUUGGAAACGCUGAAAGUGAAGUUGGAGCGAGCAUACGAGGGUACCCCCUUGGAAGAAAUUCCACUAAAAUUCCAAGAAAAACUUCAGGAAACGAUCGCUCAAAUCGCUUCCGAUGAAGUGUUGAAGAAAUACGAGGCACUAGUGUCGCAAGAUGAAGAAAUGAGCGAAGAGGAAAAUCAGAUACUAGAGUGCAUGAGGAACGAGCUCGACUCAGUGGCUUGCGAAAACUUUGAGCUUCAUCAACAGCUUGAAUUGUUGAAAGAUUACGAGAAGAGAUAUUAUGACCUGAAAGAAAAGUUUGAUAAUCUCGACGACGGAAUGUCGACAAUCAGAAAUGAGUAUGAAAGGAAGAAUGGUGAGAGUGAGUUUCUCUCGGAAAGAGUGGAGUCCCUUGAGAAAAGCAUCGUGAACUUACGUGUCGAGUACAAUAACGAAAUCAAGGAUUUACAAGACGAGAAUCUUCAGUUGCAGAGAGCGUGUUUUGAGCUGGAGAACAGAAACAAGAAUUUAGAGGACCAUCUUGCAGCUGGCGAUAGCGAAUCGCGUGAGAGCCGGGCGGAAGAGAGGGAAGACGAAAGAGAGAGAUUUGUUGCCAACCAGGAGUUUGAAAUGCUGCAGUUACGCCUCGAGGAAUCUGAGCGACAGAACAAAGCGCUAAGAGCUGCAGCACAAGCGGAUCAAGCCAUGAUUCAAUGCAUGGAAGACAAAAAGGACGAACUCGAGAAGGCGAUUGUUAAGGCCCAAGACGACCACAGCAAUGUGCUGCUAGAGCUGCACGAAGCACAGCGACAGAUUUCGUCAGACAGAGUGAAGUUGUCUAGCUACCAAGAAGAGACGGAUGCGUUGAGACGAGAGAACAAAUUGUUAAAAUCCAGUUUGGAAAUUGCGCAGAACGAGUUGGAGUAUCACCUUGAUAAACGAGGGGAGAAAAACGAACCGUGGAAGAGCAACAAGCGGAUGAUCUGGCGAGAGAUUCGCGAGCUUGAGAAGAUACUGAAAGAUGUCCACCGUGAGAAAAGGAACUUGGAAAAGAAAUAUGUGAAUUUUAAGCAGGAAAACGACCAGCUGACUGGUUCACUGUCUUUGCAUAGUUAUUCAUCUGCCGAGAAUUCACCAGAGAAGGAACAAGUUAAGGAUCCUAGCGAACGCGGCCUGAAAAGCAAAUCGUGGCACAGUUCGACUGAAUUGGAAAACAGCAAAGCUGCUGUCGGUGACGAUGAGAGUUUUUCGUCUCCACCUCGUAAAGUGAAAAGCUGGUUGGAAGGCCUGGACCCAACGAAUAGCGUUGUAAAGAAUGAUGGUCAAAUUUACAUGAACUCAAAAGAGAAGACGCCAGUUCUCCCUGAAAGGUCCCCUGGUAACAGGUUAUUAAGCAAGUCGGAAGCAAGCUUGGGAAGCCCAAAGAAGGAAGAAAAUGGAUUUUGCAACGAGCUCGAGGAACUUCGCCAUCACGUUGGAAGCUUAGAGGCAGAGAAAGCCGCCAUUGUGAAGGAACUCAGUUCACUGCGAUUCAACAGAGUCACCAGAUAACAAACUAAAACAGCUUGGCUGUCACCAUGGGAACGACUGUCUCUUCCUCCCGCCAGUUGAUGGACCAACUUCCGGAAGACGAUGGGCGACUUCCGCCAAAUUCCAAGUUCAACAUCGAAAUUUUCCUCACUCGUAUUAGCCAUACCAUACACAUUACCCAGAGCGGGCUGGGAACGUUUGGCCAAAAGCUGAGUAGAUAUGGAAAACCUGUGCUCGUGGAAGGUGUUCAAUCAAAUUGCAUACAUUUUCUCUAAUUAAUUUUACUCCAGUGAAAAUCAAUGACAAUUCGUGGCAUCCCAGGGCGAGGGGAGGGACUCCAUAUGAAAAGGUCGGGGAUGCUCGUUAGAAAAUUUGAAUUAAACCCCUAAAGGAGAUCAAUCUGGGCGUGGCUCAAGCGUGAUUUGACCCCUAAAAGAUAUCACUUAAACUACCAGCCGCUGAUCAGGAAAGGAGCUCGCGCUAGUACACCGGACUCAAGAGACCGGCGGAAAUCGAACCUAAAAACGGAAUUAAAAGUGUUUUUUACUAUU